UUUUUCUUAAGUUUUUCUAUGUUGCGUUGGCUUGCUUUAUUUUUUAGUAAUGUGAAGCGAAUGUGAAAAGUAAUUUUUUAAAAUUUGUCAUAAACUUAUCAGUAAUAUUUUCCAAAAUACCGGCUUCUGACAAUGGCUGCGGUGUUAAAAAAACGGGCUCUAGCCGAAUAUAAUAAAUCUUUUCAGGAUGGUUCGCCUUCAAAGAAAUUGCACUUGGCGAAAAAACCUCUGAUUGGGAGUUCAGCGGCGGCAUUUGUGGGGCUUUUGGAAAAAUGUAAAUCUAGCGAAGAAGCUUUGCAGCUUCUACUACGUAUAUCCGACUGUCUGCAGUUUCAGGAAUCAGAUGUUGAGGAAGCCAUUAAGAAACUAUCAGAGCAUUUUCAGUCUGAAGAGGAAUCCGUUGUCAGAGUGAAAAUAUUGUGGUUGUUUUGUGAUAUUGGACUUGAAUGUCCGGGUGCCAACCUCAACAAUUUGAUUGAUGAGACAAUACAUUUGAUAAAGAAUGAAACUUCUCAUAAGGUAAUAGCACAAGGAAUAGCUACUUUACUGAAACUGGGCAACAAAUUGAGUGAUGACAAGAACCUCAUGAAUAGGCUGGUGAGCGUUGCUAAAGACAACUUAAAGGACACGAGCCACCAAGUGAAGUGUCGGUGUCUUCAGCUUAUCAGUGAGCUGUAUGUGAUACAUCCAGAGUUGGAUCGCACGGCUGAGAAUGUUACGGAGGCCGAUGCUAUUGUGAAACUGCUUGGUGAUUACUCAUAUGCUGAGGAUGCCCGAGUGCGCUGCGAAGCUUUCCAAGCACUGUUGACAUUGCACGAGCGUGGUCAGACUUUGAGUGCGGGGUUGUACGAGCAAGUGUGUACCGCGUUAUCUGACGACUACGAGAUCGUGCGGGAAGUCGCUCUAAAGCUGGUCUGGGUGUUGGGGAACAAGUAUUCUGAGAAUACAGUGACACUACAAGAUGGUGAAACUACGAUGCGUCUGGUCGACGACGCUUUCAUUCGUCUCUGCUCAGCGGUCAAUGACCUCUGUAUGCAAGUCCGCGCGCUCGCGUGCACCUUGCUGGGCACCACUCGAGGGGUCUCGGACAGGUUCCUGCUGCAAACGUUGGAUAAACAGCUCAUGAGCAAUAUGAAGAAGAAGCGUACAGCCCACGAGCGCGGCGCGGAGCUGGUCCGGUCGGGCGCGUGGGCCAGCGGGCGGCGCUGGGCCGACGACGCGCCCGGCGCCGCGCUGCAGCACGACACGGUGCAGCUGCUGCCGGGCGGCGCCGCCGGGGCCUUCGUGCACGGCCUGGAGGACGAGCUGCUGGAGGUGCGAACAGCGGCAGUAGACGCGGUUUGCCAACUGUCGCUAGAAAACACAGUGUUCGCGACCACUUCGCUCGAUUUCUUGGUCGACAUGUUCAACGACGAGAUCGAGGACGUGCGACUCCGAGCUAUCGACAGCCUCACGAAAAUCUCCCAUCACAUCGUGCUGAGAGAAGAUCAGCUCGAAACUAUACUAGGAGCUCUAGAAGAUUACUCAAUGGAUGUGAGAGAAGGACUCCACAGAAUGCUGGGCUCGUGUACUGUGGCAUCCAAGACCUGCCUCGAGAUGUGCAUCGAUAAAAUACUAGAAAAUCUCAAGAGAUAUCCACAGGACAAGCGGUCGACGUUUCGUUGUGUACAACGCCUGGGCAGCUCGCACGCCACACUGGUGCUGCCGCUGACCACGCGGCUGUUGGCCGUACAUCCGUUCUUCGACAUGCCCGAGCCGGACGUCGAAGAUCCUUCCUAUGUUUGCGUACUAAUCCUAGUACUGAACGCGGCUCAGCACUGCACCACAAUGCUCCCUCUAUUCGAAGAGCAUACUGUGAAACACUACACAUAUCUACGCGACACCAUGCCUCAUCUUGUGCCCCACUUGCCUAUAGGUGAAGCUCAAAAGUCGAGCGCUGAGAAAAUCGAAGCGGCCAUGGACGACAGCGCCGUCAGACGUUUCUUCGACUCAGUUCUCCAGCAUAUCGACAACGUGACUCUUUCUACCAGCGUGCGGCUCAAAAUGCUGGCCUCCGCUGAAGAACAACUCAAUAAACUAGCAGAAAUGGAACCAGCUGUAUCGGGCGCUGCCAACUUCACAGCAUUGUUCGCGCGCUGCGUGUUAUCGCUGCAAUCGGCGGUGGACGGGCACGCCACGCCGCCCGCGCAUGCGCUCUCCAACCUCACCACCGACUGUCUCAGGUUACAACACCAAUUCAGCGGCGUCACGGAGCAAGAGAACGCAUGCGUGUGCCAGCUAGCAUUACGCGUGUGCGCCGCGCGCCUGCUGGCCGCGCCGGCCGCCAGCGCGCCCGCCGCCGCCGCGCAGACCGCUCUCACGCACCACGCCGAGAUGCUGGACAGGCUGCUCGCUUCAGCUGGUGUGGAGCCAGAUCCAUUCACGAUCGCGGUGUUCCAACAGUUGUCUAUGAACGCGGACAACAAGCCGGCCGCGCUCGCUCGCGUCAUUAUGCCUUUGUUGCAGUCUGCGCCCCUGCCUUCCAUACCGAAACCUAACCUCAAGAUCCGCAUGUGCACCGCAACCAUAAUCGAACCGGCGAGCGACAACGACACAGUAGUGCGUUUCAGCGCCGGGCUGGUGGCGGGCGUGGCGCUGGAGGCGGAAGUGCUGCGCGUGCGCGCGCCGCACGCGCUGCGCGUGCGCGUGCGCUACCCCGACCAGCGCACGCACGCGCUCGUGCCGCCGCGCGACCAUCUGCGUCCGCUGGACCAUCAUGACACCAACGACGACGGCACCCAAAACGUGCGCCUACUUACCAAAGUCCUAAUCUCGCACUACGUUUGGACGGACCCUUGCGGUGUGGACAUCUCCAUAUGCUUGGCGGUGGACGACGCGCACGCACGCGACUCUGGCUCCCUCGUAGAGCUGAGUCGACCCGUACGCGUCACAGUGGCGCCCAAACCGAUCAAACGAGGCAUUUGAGAUCUACAUCUGCAAUAGUGGCCGGUGUUUAUAGAGUGUGUGGAAAGUGAUAUCCUAGAAUGAGUGAAGCGCGGAUUUGUAUUUUGUGUAGUAAAAUUGAAGAUUGAACACGCUUGUCAUAUUAGUGCUUUUAAUUUUUGCUUGUGGCGACAUCUGACUUUCCAACAAUAAUUACAAAGGUUAAUUUGUGAUGUCAAAUUUGCCAUGGAAUGGUAGAUUUUCCAACUCUGACACUAGUCUUGACUUGAGUAGUGUUCUGGAAGCAUUACAAAGGGCACCUGACAAGCAAUAGUGUGGUGGUGUAGUCAUAAACUGGUAGUUAGAUUGGUAAUAACAAGGGUAAGAAAGGCAUUACUCACUACAUUCUCAUGGACUGUUUAGCAAUUGUAAUACUUCAGUCACAUGUUAUAGGCCACUUGAGAAAGCAAGUCUUGGAUUGAAAUAUGAACGUCAAAAAAGGUUUCUAAUUAAUCAUGAAAGUAUGUUAGAAAUCAGGAAUAAUUUGCAAAUUGAAUGAUAUGACUAGUUAUUUGUAUAUAUUUUUUAUGAGGAUUUGCAUGUUAAAAUACUAUGUACUUUAGAA